UUGUGGUCAGUGACGUCAGCACUCGGUUGGGCCGGAUGGUCCCCGUGGACGCCAUGUUCAAAAACGUGCGGCGGCGGUGUAUCGCAACAGCUUCGUCGAUGUCUCGACGUCAAAUGCUCCGGGCAUUCGGUGCGAUUCCGCGUCUGUAACGAAAAGGAAUGCGACACCCUUCAUCGAACCUCACGUGAGACGAUCUGUGGCGGUGAAGAAAUUCUUUCAAAACAACAGUGUGAAGUUGUGUGUAAAUCGCGAUCUUCUGGAAGCCAUUUCCUAUGGCGAAUGGCCGAUGGAGCGCCUUGCCAAGCUGAGAGCAAUCGGGCCGUCUGCAGUCAUGGAACAUGCCAG